AUGGAAGACUUGCAGGAACUGUGGACAGAAGGUAUACAAGUUUAUGACGCCUUUAAGAAGGAGAGUUUCACUCUUAGAGCCAUGUUGCUGUGGAGUAUCACAGAUUACCCUGGUUUAGGAACUUUAGCUGGUUGUAAAGUGAAGGGCAAGCAAGCGUGUAAUGUCUGUGGGAAGGAUACACCACAUAGGUGGCUAAAGUUCAGUCGUAAACAUGUAUACAUGAAGAACAGGAGGUGGCUCAUGCCUAGUCAUCCAUACAGACGAAAGAAAGGAUGGUUUGACAAUACGGUUGAGGUUGGUUCUGCAAAGAGGAUUCAGAGCGGUUCAGAAAUAUUAGACAGUAUAAGGGACUUUAAAAACGAUUUUGGAAAACUCUUACCUAAGAAGAGUAAGAGAAAGAGGAGUGAAGGAGAUGAGGAUGAUGUUGUUUCAGCUGAGGAGUACGAAGAAGAUCAUGAUAUGUGGCGGUGGAAGAAAAAAUCUAUUUUCUUUGACUUACCUUAUUGGAAGGAUAUGCCUGUGAGGCAUAACAUCGACGUGAUGCACGUGGAGAAGAAUGUGAGCGAUGCCCUGUUGUCUAUUCUGAUGAAUAGUUGCAAAUCAAAGGAUGGCCUGAAAGCGAGAAAGGAUUUAGAAGAUAUGGGUAUUCGAAGCAGCUUACAUACACAAAAUCUGUUUCCGGUUGCGUUGAGAGGUUUACUCCCAAAAAGACCUCGGAUUGCAGUGAGUCGUAUGUGCAAUUACUUCAACAGAAUCUGUCAACGCGUUCUUGAUCCUGAGAAGCUACUUGCUCUAGAAACAGAGAUUGUGGAGACAAUGUGCCAGUUAGAGAGAUUCUUUCCACCUUCAUUGUUUGAUAUCAUGUUCCACCUUCCACUGCAUCUGGCGAGAGAAGCACGAUUGGGUGGCCCUGUACACUUCAGGUGGAUGUAUCCAUUUGAGAGGUAUAUGAAGACACUGAAAGCUUUUGUGAAGAAUUUCGCAAGACCUGAAGCUUGUAUGGCAGAGGGUUAUCUAGCUGGUGAAUGUCUUGCAUUUUGUAUGGAGUUCUUACAGAAAUCGGUACCAGUUGAGGAACCAAUGACAAGAAAUGAAGAUUUAGAGGCACAUGAUAAUGUACUUGAAGGGCGCCCUCUGCAAAACGCUACAGAAGUGAAACUUACUGAUAAGGAGAGAGAUGUAGCUCAUCGUUAUGUCCUCAUGAAUACUGCAGUGAUGGAUCCUUAUGUUCAGAUGCAUUUAGAGGAAUUUCAAGCAAAAGAUGGAAGAUGUGCAAGAAAUGGUACCAUAUUAUGGAAAACUCAUACAGAAAGGUUUUCGACAUGGAUAAAAGAUAAGAUACCAAAUAACUCAAAGGAUCAUUCUCAGCGGCUCAGAUGGCUUGCGUUUGGACCAAGGAAUGUCGCACACACCUACAAGGGAUAUAUAGUUAAUGGACAUCGAUACCAGACAUGCGAUGUCAAAAGGAAGACUCAGAACUGUGGGGUUUCAAAUGAAGCAUUCUCCAUGUGCAGAGCUAGUGCGAAAGAUUCUAAUCAAAUGGCGGACAUGGUAGCAUACUAUGGAGUCAUAAAGGAAAUCAUAUUGCUUGAUUACCACAUGUUUCAGGUGCCUCUGUUUAAGUGUAGUUGGGCACAUAAAGGGAAAGGUGUUAAAGAGGAAGGCGGUUUUACACUUGUGAAUCUCCACACGAACCAGUCAGCAUUUGUUAAUGAUCCAUACAUUCUGCCUUCUCAAGCUAAACAAGUUUUUUACUCAAGAGAGGAUGACAGCUCUCCUUGGUAUGUUGUUAUGAGAGCACCUCCGAGAGGAUAUCAUGAGUUAGAGACUGAAGAGGAAAUUUGCCCAGUCCAGCAUGAUGAAGAUAUCGGAGAUCAUGCUUCAGAUGACGAGAGUUUUUGUGUUAGGAAUGAUUGUGAGGGUAUUAUUCUUUGA